AUGCAUUUAAAGAUCAAGAAUGCAUUCAACACCCUUCCUGAGGAACUCCAUGCAUCGCACAAUCUCGACUUUCCGGACAUAAAUGUGUGGGUUGAUACGCACAGCGGCCACUUCUGGAUCAAGCAUAGGUCAAAGUUCCCUGUCACGGGCAUUCCUGUCCCCAACUAUGGUCUUGUCUCAGAACGAAUCUAUCCCCUUUCUCCUCUUGUGCGCUCCGUCGUUGUGGAUGCUCGUUGUCCCAAAGAGAUUCAGAAGCACAAGGCCGAGUUUCUCGCAAGACCGGACAACAAGAAUUGCCUGCUUCGCAUCUACCUUGGGCGCCACAGCCGCGAUACUCCGAUGGCGGCUAGAAAUGCGCGACUGCGAGAUUUUCCGUUGCACCUUGAUGAGAUGGAAUGUCUGAAACUGGACGUGAAGAUGUUCGCAUACACAGCUGCUCAAUAUUACAAGACCGAUUUCUUCAUGAUUACCACUAUGCCGGAGGCCUUCAUUAACUGGGUUGUCGAAGAGGGCAAGAAACGAUCAGCAGGGGGCUGUUUGGAUCGAUGGAUAGCUUUUCCGGACUGA